AUGGAUAAGAACCAGAACAUGUACCAGGCCUCGGACGGCAAGUGGUACCCCGUCCAGCACAUGCCCCAGGGCUACGGCCAGCAGGGCGGUUACGGCGGCGGAUACGGCGGCGGAUACGGCCAGCAGCAACAGAUGCAGUACGGCGGCCAGCAGCAACAGCCCAUCUACGUCCAGCAGCAGCGUCCUGGUGGCGGCGGCGCAGGUACCGGUGCCGCAGCAGGUGUCGGAUGCUGUGCCGCGCUCUGUGGUAUGCUUCUCUGCUUCGACCUCGGCGCUUGUCUCUUCUAA